AUGGCGAGCCUGCAGCAGGGCGAGAAACAGCUGUUUGAGAAGUUCUGGAAAGGGACCUUCAAAGCAGUGGCCACUCCGCGUCCCGAGAGCAUCAUCGUUGCCAGUAUCACAGCCCGCAAGCCACUGCCAAGGACAGAGCCCCAAAGCAGUCUCUUGGUCCCAGCCCAGGAUGGACCUUCAGAAAAGUUGGGCCAACGUCUGGCCACUGAGACCUUUGGUGCCAACAGCUGGGAAAGAGAAAAGACCUGCAGGGAGCUGGGUCCUGCCCGAGCACACAGUGCCUCUCAAGAAAGAGACCUGACACCACCACCUUCCUCCAGGGGGAAAAAGAAAAAGAAGAAAUCGACCAGGAAGAAGAGAAGGAGGUCCCCAUCCUACAGCCCAUCACCAGUCAAGAAGAAGAAGAAGAAAAGCUCCAAGAAGCAUAAGCGAAACAGGUCUUUUUCCAAGAAGAGGAGACACAGCUCCUGUAGUCCUAAAAGCAAAAGACGGGAAGAGAAGAAGCACAAAAAACAAUCUCGAAGCCGGAAGUCUCACCACCAUAGACACCACCAUUGCCCCUCGAGGUCUCAGAGCUCGGAACUGCGCUCUUCCAGCUGCGAGAGCAGGCACCGAGGUCGUUCUCCCGAGGAAGGGCGGAAAUCCCGCCGAACACACUCCCGCCGCUGCUCCAAGAACCACUACAAGGUCAGCCCAGAGGCCCGAUCCAGCCACCUGCCCAGCCAGCCCCUCCAGAGGCUCGGCUUCCUGUCAGCCAGGGGUGUAAUCUCUGGGUCGGGGUCUGCUGCUGACCUCUUUAGCAAAUCAACCAGCCCGCUCACCGCCUCCCGAGGACGCUCGCAGGAGUACGACUCAGGCAAUGACACGUCCUCGCCGCCCUCCACGCAAACCAGUUCCGCCCGGUCGCGGGGCCAGGAGAAGGGGAGCCCCGAUGGGGGUCUGAGCAAGAGUAGGGACCUCAACUGCGGCAACAGUUCCGAUUCAGGGAACUCCUUCACCACCUCCUCCCCCCAGAACAAGGGGGCUGUUCUGGAGAACGUCUCUCCCACUUGCAGGAGCAAUGAGUCAAGAGGAUUUCAGUCUCCAUGUCUACAGUGUGCUGAGGUGAAGAAGUCUAGUUUGGUCCCAUCCACAGCCCGGAGCUCCCCCAUCAAAGAGUGUUCCCGAAGCUCCUCCUACACCAGCACUCGAUCCUCCAGCCCCUCUUCCCGGUCCCCAAACCACAGAGCCUCCCCCAGGUACACCCGGAGCCGGUCCACCUCUUCUGAAAAAAGGUCCUACUCUCGCUCUCCCAGCUAUUCUUCCAAGUCUGGCAAGAGGAGCCCGCCUAGCAGAAGCUCUAGGUCUCGUCGCAGUCCCAGCUAUUCCCGCUACAGCCCCAGCAGGGAUCCCAAGUACGGUGAGAAGGAAUUGCAGCCCCGAGAGCGUGCACGCAGGAGGCGACGGUCCUACUCACCCAUGAGGAAGCGCCGGAGAGACUCCCCAAGCCACCUGGAGGCGCGAAGGAUAACCAGUGCCCGCAAACGCCCCAUCCCUUACUACCGACCCAGCCCCUCCUCGUCCAGCAGCCUCAGCAGCGCCUCCUCCUGGUACAGCAGCAGCAGCAGCCGCUCAGCCAGCCGCAGUUACUCCCGGAGCAGGAGUCCGAGCCGGAGCCGCAGCAGGAGCCAGACCAGGAGCAGGACGCGGACCAGCCGCAGCUCCAGCUCCCGCAGCCUCAGCCUUGGCUCCCGGAGCCGCAGUCGGAGUCGGAGCCUGAGCUACAGCUCAGCGGAAAGCUAUGCCAGCACGAGGCGCUAA